AUGGCUCAGAGUUUGAUAUCAGUACUCUCUCUUUGGCUCGUUGUAUUUCUGGGUUGCAUUGGUUUGCUUGCAUGUUCUCAACCAACUACGCCUGCCAUUUACGUGUUUGGUGACUCCACAGUAGAUGUUGGAACUAACAAUUACUUGCCUAAUGCUCAAGCAAGGGCUGACCACCCUUUUUAUGGGAUUGAUUUUCCUCACUCUAGAGCGACUGGAAGAUUUAGCAACGGCUUCAACAUUGUUGAUUAUCUUGCCAAGUUUAUGGGUUUCGAGCUGAGUCCGCCCCCUUUUCUCUCUCUUUUGGACAAGAAGGAGGGAAUUUACGGGAAUAUCAUUUUCCUAAGUAAAGGAGUCAAUUUCGCUUCCGGAGGUUCAGGAAUUCUGGAUGAAACUGGAAGACGAAAGUGGGGAAAUGUCGUUGCCCUUGGAGACCAGGUCCAGCAGUUUGCAAGAGUACAUGACAUCAUAUCAAAAUUACAGGGUGAGGGUGGAUUGGCUAAUAUAUCAAAGUCUUUCUUCCUCAUCAGCGUCGGAAGCAAUGACAUCUUCGAACAUUUUCCUAUUAACCAAUCUACUUCUGCAAAACGCUUCGUCGCCACUCUCAUGUCCACUUAUGAAAGUCGAUUAAGGAAUCUAAUUGACCUUGGAGCCAAAAGAUUUGGGAUUAUUAGUGUUCCCCCAGUUGGGUGCGUCCCAUUGCAGCGUAAUUCUACUGAAGAUGGUAGCUGUUCUGAGCCCAUGAAUGAAUAUGCCAUAUUGUUUUAUAAGGCACUUCAAGGAGUCUUGCAGAGGUUAAGCGCAGAAUGCGAAGGGGUGAAAUAUGCACUUGCAGAUGCAUAUUCAAUGACCACACUCAUCAUAAACAACCCGAAACAAUUUCGGUUUGAGGAGGCGACAAAAGCUUGUUGUGGAAAAGGAAAUUUUAAUGCAGAGUUACCAUGCACACCAGACUCGGAUUUGUGUAAAGAUCGCGAUGUCUACUUGUUCUGGGAUCAAUUCCAUCCAACACAAGCUGCGUCUCAUCUUGCAGCUCAAACUCUUCAUGCUGGUGGUGGAUUCGUGGCCCCCAUGACUUUUGGUCAAUUGGCCUUACUUACAUGAUUUAGAUAUGUACCUCGAUAUAAUUAAGAAGAUAGAUUUCUUAAUUGAUUCGUAUAUAACCAUGCACGUGUCUUUCUGUUUGGUUGUUCCCUCUUGUAACAAAAAAAAAAAAAAAAAAAAAAAAAAGAAAAUGAGAACGUGGAGGUUUUUUGAGCAUGAGGUUCAAAAAUAAAACCACCUUUUGACCAACAUUUUCACGUUAUUAGUGUAAAAUUAAAAAUAAAGAUAUAAAGAAGUUUUUGGAAGUAUAGUUGUCAAGAAGUUAUUAAAUUUCCCAGUAUAUAUAAGUUGGAAAUUCGCAUAAAUUUGCGCAAUAACAUAUUGAUUAUAAAAGAAUGUGCGCAAUUACCUUUCAAGUUAUUUUAUUUUGUUACAUGAUUUAGCAAUGA